UCGCUCAUUCACGAGACGGCGAGAGUCGUAAAAUUGAACGGGUCUACUCCGUGGGGGUGCAAAAGACGAGGAGGGGACGCGACGCAAUCUGUGUCUGCUCUGUUCCAUUACCACCGGCUUCUCCGAAGCAGAGAUUCCAUUGCCGCACGAACCGCAGGGGGGAGAGAGAGAGAGAUGGAGUCGCCGUUCAAGUCCGAUAUCCUGCAUGGGAAGGUCGCCCUGAUAACCGGCGGCGGUUCAGGGAUCGGGUUCGAGAUCUCCACCCAAUACGGGAAGCAUGGAGCCUCGGUCGCGAUCAUGGGCCGCCGCAAGGCCGUCCUCGACUCCGCCGUCUCCGCUCUCCAGUCUCUCGGGAUUCCGGCGGUCGGUUUCGAGGGCGAUGUGCGGAAGCAAGAAGAUGCCAAGAGGGUAGUGGAAUCGACAGUCAAGCAUUUCGGCCGGCUGGACAUUCUGGUGAAUGCUGCAGCUGGAAAUUUUCUGGUUUCAGCUGAAGAUUUGUCUCCUAAUGGAUUUCGGACAGUGAUGGACAUUGAUACUGUUGGCACAUUUACAAUGUGCCACGAAGCUCUCAACUACCUUAAGAAAGGAGGGAAAGGCAGGAGCUCAUCAAAUGGUGGAAUGAUUUUGAACAUUAGUGCUACUUUGCAUUACACGGCAGCUUGGUAUCAAAUCCAUGUAUCUGCUGCAAAGGCAGCUGUUGAUGCACUCGCAAGAAACCUGGCCCUAGAGUGGGGAGCCGAUUAUGAUAUUAGAGUCAAUGGAAUUGCACCUGGGCCUAUCAGCGAUACUCCUGGAAUGAGUAAACUUGUUCCUGAUGAGAUCGAAAGCAAGGCGAGAGAGUAUAUGCCUCUGUACAAGCUGGGAGACAAAUGGGAUAUUGCAAUGGCAGCGCUAUAUCUUGCUUCUGAUGCCGGUAAAUAUGUUAAUGGAGCCACGCUCGUGGUAGAUGGAGGCCUGUGGCUGAGCCGACCACGUCAUUUAUCAAAAGAGGCAGUGAAGCAGCUAUCUCGAGCAGUUGAAAAGAGAUCGAGGGAUGCACCUGUCGGAGUCCCAAAAAGAAGCAAGCUGUGACCUAGAUCAGUCAAAGGUCCCAUUGAAGCUCAUAUUUAUAAUAAUUACUCGAAGUGUUCCACUAGCAUUUGCAAGUAAGCCUUAGAAAUGUAGGGAAACCUUCUAGUUCUAAGCGAGGGAUUCUUCGAGUAUCUCAAAGAUUAAUUCUUAAAUGAUGUAUUCAUAACAAUACACUACUCGUAUCAUAGCGGAUGUAAUGUGUUUCCUUAAGCAGCAGCAAAACUUGUUUUAAGUAUCUGAUCUUUGGCAUGCCGACAUGACUAUGAUGGCUAUGGAAUGGAUCAUAUUGAAUCA